GAAAAAAGUAAUCUCGGGGUGAAAACAAAGGACCCCAUGAGUUAUGGGGGCUGGCUAUGUGACCUUGGAAAGCGAGUUCCUAGGCUUCCGUAGUGAGUGAGUUGCGACCCUUGCUCUCCCCGUCUCAUGUUGAUAUUUGGGGAGGGGGCCGCCCUCUUUUUUCGGCUUAGUAAAAGUGGAGCUGAUCAAGGAGUGGAAUCUGGAGUGGCUUCCAUUGUUGAUCUCAUAGGCUACGCGGAAGGUUAUCACUGAUCGGAUCCCUUCGUUCUUGGUUGUCCUUUAUUGGGUUUUUGUAUCGCAGACGGCCUGAUUUUGGGGGAUGGAGUUGAUGUGCGCGGACAGUGGAAAUCUGAUGGCCAUCGCGCAGCAGGUAAUACAGCAGCAGCAGCAGCAGCAACAACAACAGCAGCAGCAGCAGCAGCAGCAGCAACAACAUCAUCUUCAACAUCACAUUCCCACCAGCAGCGGCUUCGCCCUAAACCCAUGGGCCCAUAACGAUUACGGCGGCGAGGGUUUUGCUGUGGGGACUAGCGGCUUCUCCGCGGGCAUGUAUUCAGUGGCCGUAAAUGCCGAACAGGUCUUCCUGUAUCCGUCCAUGGAAGCGGAUAGAACGCCAACCGGCGUUUGGGUGGAGACGGCGGCCAUGGAGGGCCUGGCCAAGAAAGAGAAGGGAGGGUUCAGAGUGCCUGAUCCGCAGGUGGCUAUUAGUAGCGCUGGGUUCGGCGACGGCUAUGAGUGGAUGGAAGGGUUGAUCAACGACUUCAACGGGGUGGAAAGUGGUGGAGGUGCUAGCUUGAGGUCUUGCUUCGAGAGUGCCGCCCCCGCUGCUGCCACCACCACCACCAACCACAACAGCGGCAGCAAUCCGUGUGAAUCAAUCGAGAGUUCCGAUCUCCCCUGUACCGUCGGAGACUCGUGGCCGAUGGUCACGGGCCUCGACCACAUCCUGGGCGAUCCCCCCUCCCAAAACCCUAGUCCAAGCUCCGCCGGCAGCGGUGGAAGCGGCGGAAGUUCGUGGAACGCGGCAGCCACCACGGCCGCUCCCCUCUGCUCUGCCGCUGCCCCUGUUCCUCUUCCGAUCGGGCACUGGGCAACCCCCACAUCUCCGUCACCAUGUAGGACGGUGUCGCCGCCCGGCCGCGGAGCAGCAUCGGCGGCCGCAGUAUCCCAACCACCGACCCUACCGCCGCCGCCACAACGUGCAGCCUCCGAUGGGCGGAGCCACCCCGAGGAGAAGCGGCUCGGUUCCCCAAAGCCCGUGAAGGAGCACAGCUCGCCGCUACUCCGGGCGCUUGUGGAGGUUGCGUGCCUGGUGGAUACGGAGCCCAAGCGUGCCAUCGAUAUUCUCUCUCGGCUGCGGGAAUCUUCGUCGGAGACCGGUGAGCCGAGCAGCCGCGUCUCCUUCCAUUUCAUCGAAGCCCUCGUCUCUCGCCUCUCCCUUUCGAAUCCGACCAUGGAACCGGUGGUGCGUCCUCGUCCACCUUCUUCCUCCACUUCUCCUUCCACAAAGGACCUGACCUUAUCUUACAAAGCCCUCAAUGAUGCCGGGCCGUGUUCCAAAUUCGCCCACCUGACGGCGAAUCAGGCCAUCCUCGAGGCCACAGAAUCCGCCUCCCGCAUACACAUCGUCGACUUCGGCAUAGACCAGGGCAUCCAGUGGGCAUCGCUCCUUCAGGCCCUGGCUACCCGUUCAUCGGGGAAGCCAUCAGCCGUCCGAAUAUCCGGCAUUCCUGCGGCCAGCUUAGGUCCAACCCCCCUGGCUUCGCUGGUGGCCACGGGCAAGCGCCUGAAGGGUUUUGCUCAACUCCUGGGCCUGGACCUCGAGUUCUUCCCUGUCACGGCGCCGCUGGAGGAGUUGGAAAAGUCAUGCUUCCGAGUCGAACCGGACGAAUGCCUGGCCGUCAACUUCAUGCUGCAGCUUCACCGGCUGCUUGGGGAGACGCCGGCAGCCGUGGAAAAGGCCUUGGAGGUCGCCAAGUCGCUGAGCCCCCGGGUGGUGACUCUCGGCGAGUACGAGUCGUGCCUGAACGGGGUCGACUUCCCCCAGAGGUUCGAAAACGCACUGAGCUACUACUCGGCGGCAUUCGAGUCGCUGGAGCCGAGCAUGGCGAGGGACUCGACGGCGCGACUGAACGUGGAGAGGUGGAUAUUCGGGCCGAGGAUCGCGGCGGUGGUGGGCACGGAAGGGGCGGAGCGCGGGGAGAGGACGGAGGGGAAGGAGAGGUGGAGAAUGUGGAUGGAGUCCGCCGGGUUCGAGCCGGUGAAGCCGAGCCACUAUGCAGUGAGUCAGGCCAAGAUACUUCUCUGGGAUUACAAUUACAGCACCAGCUACUCGCUUCUCGAGUCCCCACCAGGAUUCCUUUCUCUUGCUUGGGAUGAUACGCCUCUCCUCACGGUCUCGACCUGGCGUUAGAGAGGGAGAGAGAGAGAGGGAGAGAAAGCGAGCGAGCGAGAGGGACUCUGCCCUGGUUACAGGCACGAUGCAGCUGCAUCUUCUCCUUCCUAACAUUUUUUUUUUCCUGUUUUUCUCUCUCUCCUUGUAAUCUUUUUUGAUCAAUUUCUUUAUUGUUACAAUUUGUACAGAUUCUAUCGGAUGGCAUACGUGUCUGUCUUCCUGUU